UUCUGUUCACCAUACAGCAAGCUUCUCCUCCAUCUGGAAGAAAUUAAACAGCACCUCCUGGCUGCCUGUCUGUCCUCCAUUCAUCCUAAGCUGUAACAGCAUGAGGAUGGAUGGAUGGAUGAUGUGCUGAAAGGCGACAUCAUCAUCAUCAUCAGCAGCAGCACCAUGGACAUGUCUGACGCGUCAGCGCUCCUCCAGCCGCCGAGGCUUUUCUUCGUGGUUGCGCACGUGAGAGCGCGCGCGGCGCCGCCGCCGACGGACGUCUCGAGGCUUCACCGGGCAUGAGGCAGGGAACAAUGGAGGUGGACACUUGGGAUUCUCUCAACGACAACGGGACGAGGAGGUUACCGGGGUCCCCGAGCCUCUCCCCGGGGUUCGUGAACUCCAGCUCGGCGGCGAGUGCGUGGAGAGAUGCGGAGCGGCCAGAGGAGAGAGCGUACCGGGACUUCGCCAUCACCGCCCAGCUCCUCAUCCUCGCUGGAUCUCUGAUCGGCAAUGCCGCUGUGCUGUGGUGCACCUGCUGCACCAACGUCUUCAAGACAGUUACUGGACGCUUCAUUAAGAACCUGGCCUGCUCGGGAAUCUGCGCCAGCCUGGUGUGUGUGCCUUUCGACGUGCUCCUGAACACCAGCCCUCGCUGCGGCCUCUGGAUCCACACGCCGAUGCUCUGUCGAACCAUCAAGUUCCUGCACAGGCUCUUCUGCUCGGUCACUGUGCUCAGCUUUGCUGCCAUUGCUCUGGACAGGUACUAUUCAGUUCUAUAUCCACUAGAGAGGAAAAUCUCAGACGCCAAAUCGAGAGACUUGAUCAUAUACGUAUGGUUUCAUGCUCUUGUGGUAAGCGUUCCUGUGUUUGUUGUCAGUAACGUCACCGAUGUCUACGCGACAUCUACCUGCUCCGAAGGUUACUCUUUAGGACACCUUGUUUACAUGGUGCUCUACAAUGUGACCACUGUGAUCUUGCCCCUAACGGCUGUGUUUGUAACCAUGGCGCUGAUCCGGCGUGCCCUCAGUACCAGUCAGAAGAAGAAGGUGAUCAUUGCGGCACUCCGGACACCGCAAAGCAGCGUCUCCAUCCCGUAUGUGUCUCAGCGCGAGGCUGAGCUUCAUGCCACGUUGCUUGCAAUCGUCUUGUCAUUUGUGCUCUGUAGCACGCCGUACGUCGUCCUGUUGGCAUACCGGGCAUUUCCGAUGGCUGGCCCGGCUUCUCAGUGGCUGCAUCUAACGGCCAUUUGGCUGCCGAAAGUGUCUCUACUGACCAACCCACUGUUUUUAGUGAUGGUGAACCGGUCAGCACGGCGCCGCCUGUUGGACGCUUUGGCGCACAUUCAUCGCCGCUACAGCCGGAGGAACAACUCGAUCGGCGUCGGAACAGCACCCGAGGCUGGAGUGCUCGGUGUGGAAGGGCUUGCCCGCUCGGGCAGCCAACUCCUUGAAAUGUUCAACAUCGGCCAGCGGCAGAUCUUCAGGCCAAACGAAGAAGAGGACGAAGAAGAAGUGAAUGAAAUCGCAGCCGUAGCCAAUUUCCUGCCCAGACCUGAACAAGUGGCUGUCGCCUUAGCAGGAGCAGCAGAAGGACCCAAGGAAGAUGGUUUACCUGUUCUAAAACAUUCACCUGUUCAAUACUGUGCAUACUCAUCCUCACAGGUGGCUCCAGCCACACCGACCGACCCUGAAGAUGCCUCCCAGUUUGGUUUCGGUCCAUUCGAGUUGCCCCCUCAGUGGCUUCCUGAAACCAGGAAUAGUAAGAAAAGACUCCUGCCUCCGUUAGGUAACACUCCAGAAGAGCUGAUCCAGACCAAACAGUCCAGAGCACGACCCGAGAGGCGCAUCAGCAGGAACAACAAGGUCAGCACCUUCCCCACUGUGGACCCCUGAGACACCAUGAACAAAAAUAGUAAUAAAAACUAGUUUAAAAAUAAGUUUAAAAACGCUAUCCUUUUUCAGCAGAAGAGGAAUCCUUCGACAGUCUUGUACCUAGCUAGACGUUAAGGGAAUGAGUUGCUCUUUUACAAGAAUGACAGAAUUUUUAAUAAACUGUAUAGAAUUCAGCUAUUUGGAAAUAAAAAAAAACUGAAAAUGGUUUGUAUGAAUUGUCUGAAUGUGCAAUUUCUCACUCACAUUCAAGUGGGAUUGAAGUCAAGCAAGUCAAAAUAUAUUCUGUAACCUCAUUGUAUAUAAAAUUAAACCCCCCCAUACAGAAAUCUGAUAUAUAGCAAUAUAUGCAAAGUACAUAUAUCGCCAUACAUGUUCACAUUAGAAUUUUACAGAUAUAGAAAUAUGUCAGAUACUUGCACACACAUUUCAAAAUAUUACAAAAAUGACCAUUUAUGUCAUGCAGUACUUAAAGCAAUUGUUUAAAACCUGUGUACCAACAAGUAACA